GGGCAGAGAGGGAGUCACCUCAUUGGCGCUUGAGUCGACAAAGAAGUCACGAUGGCCAAAGUUCCUGAUUUGUUUGAAGACUUGAAGAAUUGCUAUAGUGAAAAUGAAGAAUACAGUUCCGCCAUUGACCAUCUCUCUCUGAAUCAGAAGUCCUUCUACGAUGCAAGCUACGUCUCGCUUCAGGAGAAUUGCACAGACAAGUUUGUGUCUCUGAGAGGCUCCGAAACCUCAAAGAUGUCCACCUUUGAGCAGAGUCUGAUGGUGGCGGCAGUAACAUCAAACCAGGGGAAGAUCCUGAAGAAGAGACGGCUGGCCUUCGAUCAGGCCUUUGCUGAAGAGGACCUGGAGGCCAUGACCCAUAAUUUAGAAGAGACCAUCCAAUCAGAUUCAGCACCUCACAUCUUCCAGAGUAAUGUGAAAUACAGAUUGCUAAGGCUUGUCAAGCAUGAGUUUGUCAUGAAUGAUCCUCUCAAUCAAAACAUCUACCUGGAUGCGGACAAUGUACAUCUCAAGGCUGCUUCGUUAACUGACCUGCAACAUGAAGCUAGGAAGAGCUUGCUAAAAAUUCUGUUUUGCUUAUCACAGGAGAUACCUGAAACACCAAAAGUCAUCACAGGGAGUGAGAUCGACCUCAUUUUCUUCUGGAAAACGGUCAACUCUAAGAACUACUUCACAUCAGCUGCCUAUCCAGAGCUGUUCAUUGCCACAAAAGAACAAAGUCGGGUGCACCUGGCCAGGGGGCUGCCCUCGAUGACAGACUUCCAGAUACCAUAAGAGCAGCCUUAUUUCUGGAGUCUACUGACUCGAGAAGUGCUGACAAUCUGUAUGUACCAUGUACAGGAAGGUUCUUCACCCUGAGUCACCUGCCCAGCAUGUGCUGAGCCUUUGUCAUUCUAAAUGAAUGUUUACCCUCUUUGUGAGAGAAGAGCAAAGCCUAAUGCAAUCAACCCCGACAUAUAAGGUUGUUAUUUAAAGAGCACCCUAUACUUUGCACAGUACUAAUCCCUUUAAUUAUUAUUCUUCAGGACAUUCUUAGGAGGAACAGAGCUGUUGUGAUCAAAAGACUCUACCCAUAUUACAGAUGGGUUAACUACAGCAUAAAAAAAAAAACAAACUAAAAACCACACUUAAUAGCAAUUGGAAUGAGAAUCCACAGACCCAUGAUGUCAAUCUAACUGUGUGCCUUCUGCUUCCAAAUUGCUGAUUGAGUAGGAUAAAGUUAUAAAAACUUAAACUCUAUCAUUUUCAAAAGGAAGGGGACAAUAGCUACAUCUUUCCUACCUCAGUGGGUUUUAUUCCAAUGAGAUCAUUUGGAUGAAAUCCUCCUGUAACAAACCUCAAGAAGAAGACAGAAUGUUGAAUGUUAUUUUUAAGUUAUUUUAUAUAUGUAUUUAUAAAUAUAUUUAUGAUAAUUAUAUUAUUUAUGACACAUCCUUAAAUCCUCUGAGCUUGACCAGUAUCCUCAGCAGUACGGUGUUCUAGGUAGAAUCAGUUAGCUGUAGCUGCUCCAGAACACCAUGCUGUAGACAUUAUGCUUUUUCCACAGCCAUGAAGUUCUCUCUACAUCCUCAUUCUUGGGAGCCCUGUAAUUAGACCACGAAUCUGUAUUGUUUACUUUGUUCAUUUAAAAUGAUAAUUGGGCCAGUCUUUCACCCUUCUGUCCCUAAAGCUAUCUGCGUAUUCUUACAUCAUUCAACCUCACCUGUAAUUAAAUCCAACACUCCAAAGAUGGAAAUAUCUUAACUGUGACAACCACAUCACUGUUACUUGAAGUUUCCUUUCUAGAAUGUAAUCAGUCUGGGUUUCAAAUUUGUUCUCAAACCUCAGUGCCACAUGACUAUCAACAAUAAUA